GAGGCGGCUCGGUUGGCUGCAUAUGGACGAAGCUGUGACUGAAUGAAACCGAAAGCGACUCAACUUUUAUAAGGCAGCCAUCAGUCCCAGUCUGUGCAGUCUAUCACCACUCCCGGCCGGGCCAUGAAUAAACAACCAAGCAAGGAGAGUCUGAAGGACAAGGUGAAGGGGAUCUUUGGGCUGGGACCUCCGCGCCCACCGAGCAAACAGAGUGACACCAAACCGUCCGAGUUUAUCAUUACGACUGACAUCAUCAAGGAGCUCCACCCAGACUGUGGUCUGAGUAACCGCGUUCGCAUGAUGAACCACGUCUGUGAUCUUGCCAAAACAAAAAAAUUUGAGGAGCAUGCAGUGGAGGCAGUAUGGAAAGCUGUGGAGGACAUGCUGACUCCAGAGCAGCCACCUGAGGCCAGACAUGCUGUCCUGCAGCUGCUGAGGGCCAUUAUACAGGGACAGGGAGAGCGACUCGGCCCUCUGAGAGCCUACUUUUUCAAGGUGAUUAGAGACUACCAACCAUGCAACGAAGACCUCUCCGAUAGGCUGGAAGUCUUCAAGGCCUUAACGGAAAAUGGAAAAGACAUCACAUACUUGGAGGAGGACAUAGCACGCUUUGUCCUCCUGUGGAUGGACAUAGGUCUUACCUCUGACUUUCUCCAUGUUCUCGUAAAUCUGGUGAAGUUCAACAGCUGCUACCUGGACCAAAAUGUCUCCAUCAUGGUCCAGAAAAUCUGUCUCCUGUGCAAUAGAACAACAUCCUCAACAGAUAUUGAGGUAGCACUACAAGUCCUGGAUGCAGUGGUGUGUUACAACUGCCUGCCCUCAGACUCUCUCACUGUCUUCAUCAUCACACUCUGUCGUACAGUCAAUGUCAAGGAGUUUUGUGAAUCCUGCUGGAAGUUAAUGAGGAAGGUGUUGGGGACUCACCUUGGCCACAGUGCUAUUUACACCAUGUGCCGCAUCAUGGAGGAGAGGGUGUACAUGGAGGAUGCACCAUUGCUGAGAGGAGCUGUAUUUUUUGUUGGAAUGGCAUUGUGGGGUGCACACAGACUCCCCGCCCUCAAAAACACACCCACAUUGGUUCUGCCAUCUUUCUACAAGGCUAUGUCAUGUGCCAAUGAGGUGGUGUCCUAUGAAAUCGUCCUCUCCAUCACAAGACUGAUCAAGAAGUACGGCAAGGAGCUGCAGGUGGUCACCUGGGACAUCCUGCUGGGUAUCAUAGAGCGAUUGUUGCAGCAGAUCCAGACAAUAGGCAGUGCGGAGUUGAAGGCCAUCGUCUAUGAGCUGUUGACCACAGUAGAGGAGCUGUAUGAGCAGAACGGUUACCACGGCUCCACAGAGAAGUUCUUCAGUCUGGUGGAGAAAUGUGCUGACAAGAGACCUGAUGCAUCAGUGCUGACCCUCAUCUCAUACAGGGCCCAGUCUAUCCAGCCAGCCAAGGACAGCUGGAUUCAGAGCCUUCACCGCCUCAUGGAGAAAUUCUUCAGGAACGAGACUCGCAGUGUAAUAAGGAUCAAAGUGCUUCACAUUCUUUCCUUCGUUCUCAGUACCAACCGACAGCUGUACGAGGAUGAGUUGAUUGAAAUGGUGGUGAUCCCCCAGCUCAGUGGGAUAGCUGAAGACCGGGACCUGGCCGUCAGAAAGCAGGCCACCCAGCUACUUGUUGACCUCGCUGAGGGCUGCAACACACACCACUUCACCAGUCUGCUGGACAUCAUUGAGCGGGUGGCCAGUCGCUCUCUGGUUUGUUCAGGGCCCCUGGAGCUUUCUGAGAGAGACCCCACAGCAGAGUCUCCUAUGGAGGACGUCAGGACUGCUAUACUGGGCUUGCUGGAAAUCUUGCAGAGCAAGCUUUACAGCCUACCAGCCACCCAUGCUAGUCGUGUUUAUGAGUUGCUUAUCAGCCACCUGCAGCUUCACUACAAGAACAAGUACUGUUCAUCUAUUGCUUCCAGUAUUAGACUACAGGUGUUUGACUUCUUCCUGAUGAUGCGUGCAGACUCUCUUCACCGUCUCGGAGUCCCUAACAAAGACGGAGCCAUGAGGUUCAGCCCUUACUGCUACUGUGACGCAGGGGAGCCAGAGAAGCGAGUCAGUGAAAAGAAGCCAACAGGUUCAACAUCUCCUCCUGCUGGUAGCCCAGCUCCCCCCGCUGCUCCUCCCCCUUCAACGGCCUCAAUACGCUCAGCCUACCUGCCCUACGCACCUGCCUUCAGUGUCCUCCUGCAGUGCCUCAAGAUGGAAACAGAUUGGAAGGUGCUAAAGCUCGUUCUCGACAAGCUGCCGUGGACGCUGCAGUACAAAGUGCUGCUGCUGACAUCGCCGUGCAGCUUGGACCAGCUCUGUUCUACACUCUGCUGCAUGGUGACAGAUCGGCUGAUCUCAGAGCGCUUGAAGAAGACCCCAGAGGGGUUUUCCCGCACUGAUGUCCAGCUGGCGGUGGUUCCUGUCCUCACAGCGAUCACCUCCUACCACAAUUACCUGGAGCAGUCGAGACAGAGAGAGCUGGUUCAGUGCCUUGAGACUGGCCUCAUUUACCGCUGUGCCAAGCAGUGUGUUGUGGCCCUUACAAUGUGCACGGUGGAGAUGCCUGACAUCAUGAUCAAGCUCCUACCCGCUCUUAUCGUCAAGCUCACCCACAUCUCUGCCACUGUUGCCAUGGCAUCACCUAUGCUUGAAUUCCUGUCCACUCUGGUGCGCCUGCCCCAUCUGUAUGCCAACUUUGUAGCUGAGCAGUAUGUCAGUGUGUUUGCCAUCUCUCUACCCUACACCAAUCCCUCCAAGUUCAACCAGUACAUCGUGUCCCUGGCCCACCAUGUAAUUGCUAUGUGGUUUAUACGCUGCAGACUCCCCUUCCGCAAAGACUUUGUUCAGUACAUCACAAAGGGUUUGCGUUCCAACGCCCUGCUGCCAUUCGAUGAUGGUCAUGAGCAGAGUCCAUUUCGCGCCCGAAGCACCAGCCUCAACGAAAGACCCAAGAGUCUGCGGGCGGCAAAAGUGGCGAAGGCAGCAGCGGCGGUAGCCAAUAGCAGCAGCUCUCCUGUUAAAGAGCUGAGGGACCUGUCAGCCAUGGACGCUUUCCGCUCCCGCAGCAUCAGUGUCUCCGAACAUGCGGUCCGCAGGAUGCACACCUCGACCACCACCUGCAGCCUUGGCUCCGCUGAUGAAAAUGCGGUGACUCAGGCAGACGAGGGGUUGAAGACUGUUCACCUGGAGCUCACUGAGACCUGUCUGGACAUGAUGGCACGAUACGUGUUUUCCAACUUCUCUGCACUGCCCAAGAGGUCUCCCAUCGCAGAAUUCCUGUUGGCAGGGGGUCGCAGUAUGACCUGGCUUGUUGGCAACAAGCUGGUGACCAUAACAACCAGCGGAGGGGUCAGGACACAAGCACUGUUAGGCCUGGACAUGGCUGAACGUCUGGGAGGAGGAGGGGAAAUGACCAGAUCAGAUCCAUCACUACACACCCGAAUAACCAAAGAGGCUCCGGCCAAACUGGAGUCACAGUCAAGCCAGCAACACAAUAGAGCCACACGCAUACGGGUCCGCUCUAUGUCAGGUGGCCACGCUUUACGUGCCGGUCCUGCUCAGAGUCUCAGUCCUCUCGUGUCCCCUUCUGAGGGCGAGUUAGCCGCUCCUCUCUCGCCCUCCUCUGGUCCCACCCUGGACAGCCUGGGUCCUCCCUCCUCCACCUCUGCCACCCCGUCUGCUCCCCCACCUCUCAAAGACAACCCCAGUCUGGCUGAGUUUGUUCCCAUACUCACACAGGGCUGGGCAGAGAUCUUCAUCCGGAGGCCGUCUGGUAACACGAGCUGGCUGAUGUGUCUGGAGAACCCACCCAGUCCCUUCUCCUCUGAGCUUGGCAACAUGCCGCUGCAGGAGCUUUCUAGUGUCCUGAUGGCGAUGGAGGGAGUGAAGGAGCCUCCUACCCAGACAGCCAGUGCUCCUGCCAGCACUGCUGCUCCUGCACCGUCGUCCGUCUCCGAGCCCCUGACCCAAACACACAGCAGUGUCGGAGGCAAGGCAAACCUGAUCCAGCGCUCCAACACUGACUCUGUGGUGGUACUGGAGGAGGGGUCAGGGGUCAGUGCGGCACACACCCCGUCUGAUUGGCUGGAGAGUGAGGAGUUUGAGCCAACGACCUCUGAUCCCAUCUUCAUGUCAGCUGACAAGUUCACAAAGACUCCGCCUCCUGGAACACUCAGCAGGUCCUCCUCCACCUCCAGUCAAGAUGAUGAAAAGUCAACUCUGGAGGAAGUAAGUGAGGGAGCCAUUCCCAUCGAUCAGCCGACCAUGGGACCCUCCACUCCAGGCAGCCAGGGGCCUGAGCUUCCCUUUCAGACUCACUCUCAGUCCCAGGGCCAUGGGCUUAACAAGUCCAGUUCCUCUCCGGAGCUCCAGACCUUACCUGAAGCCUUCACCAAGGCUGCUAUGGAGUCAGAGACUGUGCUGGCAGACACAUCAAGGCCCCGAGCGCCUUCAGAUGGCAAGCCUCAGCCCCAGCAGCCUCAUUUUGAGAAAGAGAAGGUGGAGGGAAGCACAGGAGGGGACGUUAAUGGACCAGGGGGUCAAAGUCAAGGGGGUGAAGGCCCAGGUGUAGCAUCAUCUCAAAGUGGAGGGGCGAGGAUGAGGUUGGAGUUUCCAGCGGCGGCAGCACAACCUGGACCCAUCUCUCCCAGCGGAGGCCACCGACCCCGGGGUCACACUAUCUCGGUAUCGGCCCCCUCCUCCAGGAGGGAGAGGAGGACAGAGAGGGACUCGUACCACAGUCGGCCUGGACCCGGUAACACGGAGAAGAUUUCUGGACUUAGUCCCAGCUUCGUCUUCCUCCAGCUGUACCACUCUCCUUUCUUUGGGAAUGAAGCCAACAAGCCGCUGCUGUUGCCCAAGACUCAGGUGAUCGACCGCGCUGUGAAGGUUCUCGACCAGAUGCCUCCUUAUGACACCCACAAGAUUGGAGUGGUGUUUGUUGGAGCUGGUCAGGUUAACAAUGAGGUUUCCAUCCUGUCAAAUGAGUACGGUUCGAACCGCUACGCUGCCUUCCUAACAGGCCUCGGAAAAUUAAUCCAUCUGAAAGACUGCGACCCCGACCAGAUCUUCCUUGGAGGUCUCGACCAGUACGGAGAUGACGGAGAGUUCACCUACUGCUGGCACGACGACAUCAUGCAGGCUAUCUUCCACAUAGCCACACUGAUGCCAAACAGGGAGAGUGACAAGGGCUGCUGCAACAAAAAGCGUCACAUUGGCAACGAUUUUGUCAUGGUGGUGUACAAUGACUCUGGAGAGGAAUACAAACUGGGCACCAUUAAGGGUCAGUUUAACUUUGUAGAAGUCAUUAUAAAACCGCUGGAUUAUGAAUGUAACCUGGUCACCCUCCAGUGCCGCAAAGACCUGGAGGGGUUAGUUGACACAACGGUGGCAAAAAUCGUUUCAGACCGCAACCUUCCACUCUUAGUCAGACAGAUGGCUCUGCAUGCCAAUAUGGCCUCUUUGGUGCAUCAGUACAGAGCAAACCCCUCUGAUGCUUAUGCCUCUAAGUGGCUUGCGAGAUUACGACACAUUAAGAGGAUCAGGACCAGGGCUCAAGAAGACAUUCAGUCUCGCUCGACUCCUGGCAUCUCGCUGACCCAAGGACACACUCAGCAGAACAAGUCGUUUCAGCAGAGCACUCCUGCUUCAAACCCAGAAGCGUCUGGGCAGAGGAAAAGACUUGUAUCAACAGUGGAUGAUUUCACUGAUUUUGUUUGAUUACAUUUCUUAUCCCGACAGACGGGACACACACACACAC